AUGGCUUGUGGAAAACAACAACCGGACGACAUUUUCGUUUGUGAUGAAGAAUUUGAAGCGAAAUGGAGCAGGUUUUCCGACUGGUUGCAUUGUAUUUGUGUUGUUACAUUCGAUUUGGAACUAGGGCAGGCUAUGGAAAGAGUAUAUCCGCCUGGUGUGCAAUUAUCUGAUCAAGAGAAAUGUAACAUUUGUUAUUUAGCAUUCCCGGAUUCAAACUCAGGAUGCAUGGGUGAUACUCAAUUUCACGUACGACUGCGUUCACGUGCUCCACUAACACCGCAACAGUUGAUUUAUAACGAGGACAGCGUUUCUACGCUCCGAGCAGACCCAACGCAUUACUGGGGCUUCGUUUAUUUUCGUCAAGUUAAGGAUUCGACCUUGCCUCGGGGCUACUUCCAAAAGAGCAUUAUUUUGCUUACGCGUUUGCCCUUUAUUAACCUGUAUUACAAAGUGAUACAGCUUAUAGCUCCUCGACAUUUUGAAGAUGGUGAAAGCAGCUUGGAAGCUGCAUGCCAUGACAUAAAUAGAUGGCCAGAGUUGAAUGCGGGUCAAAACAUUCUAUUGCCAGUCUUAGGCUCUGUUUUUCAGUCAUAUAUUCCUAAUCAGCAAACUGGAAAGGUUACAAGAUCAGAUAUUGUGAAACAAGUGCAUUCCCCCAAUGUUCCACACAUAAUAGUAUGUAUUCAAGAUGUUAAUGUUUUUGAUGCUCUAUCAAGUUUAAUAUCUCACCUGCAUUUACUAUGGGAGCUAGUAUUGACUGCAGAACCCAUAGUUGUUAUGGCUAGUUCACCCACAGAAUGUUCAGCUUUAGUCCAAGCAUUGACCUACUUGAUACAGCCACUUCCAUAUUCGGCAGAAUACCGACCUUACUUUACAAUACAUGAUAGUGAAUUUAAGGAAUUUACUAGAAAACAGUUCAACCCACCCUAUGUAAUAUUAGGUGUGACAAAUCCAUUUUUCACUAAGACAUUGCAGCACUGGCCGCAUACAAUCAAACUAGGUGAUUCAACCCCUGUUAAAACUAAGUUGAGGAAACUAGGAAGUAUUAAACAUUUAGAUUCUGCACCAGGGGUAUACACUCAGUACAAACCUUAUUUAGAGAAAGAUAAGGCAAUUAUCAAGAAGUUGCAUAAUGGAAUAAGGACAGACCGUCCUUCUGAAGUUCAGACAGCAAUGGUUAAAAGGCAUUUACUAGAACUAACACAAAGCUUUAUGAUCCCACUUGAACGUUAUAUGGCAUCCCUCAUGCCAUUGCAGAAAAACAUAUCUCCGUUUAGAUCACCACCAGUACCUAAUCCAUUUAAUCCAGAAGAUUUCUUCACAUCUCUGCAGCAAGCAGGUCCUCAAUUGACAUCUGGCAUUAAAGGUGACUGGAUAGGAUUAUAUAAACAUUUUUUUAGGACACCAAACUUUAGCACCUGGUUUCAUGAGCGUCAUAGUGAUUUAACAAAUAAAUUACAAGCUUUGCAAUUAGAAGCCUUAGCAGAAAGUGACUUAAAAGAAUGGUCAGUCGGGAAGAAAGAGGUUGAAAUUGUUGACAUGGUACUUAAACUGCGUGAUGUGUUAAAAAAUAAUCCACCAGUAGCAGACAACACACGAACAUUACUGGCUCGGAGGUUAGAUGAUUUAAAUUGUGUUCUUCAAGAUGAUAUGAAGGCUAUUUUAAAUGCGGCAACGUGA